AGUGCUACGUGUGGGGGGCCUUCCUGCAACCACCCCUGUGCAAACCAUCAUCACCGCUUUCAGCAAAGUCAGCAGGGUUGGGCAUGUGGGUCUUUCAAGUGGAACCUUCCUCCUCACAUUUGACUCUGUCCGCACAGCCACUGUUGCCAAGCGCAUGAUGCAUCGGUCCUUGCUAGCAGGGCAUCAAAUCACGGUGGAAUUUUCUCGCCAAUAA